GCCGAUUCGGCGCGGCGAAAGACCUCCUUGAUAUUUGGCGCCAUUUGUCGAAAACAAUUCAUUACACUAAAAACUACAUUAUAUUCGCUGCCAGCAUUAGAUUCAAACGCACUUCUAUUUACAUUCCCACUUAAGGUGGGAUUGGGGAUCGAUUAUUUCCACAUGUUAAGUUAUGUUUAUUUGUUUUUUCGCCGUUUUUGGAGUGUGUAUCGUUGUUUGGGAAAUGUGUAAGUAGGUUUACUGUUUACGUAAACUCGGUGUUCUCAUAUUUUAUGCAGUGUACACUGCAUAUUUAGAUUAUGUAUCUACGUAUCCAUCGAGGAAGGAAAACAACCGAUCUUUAUUAUUAGUUUUGGGGGUGAAACGAUGGCUGGAGCCGUGGCUAUGGCGUCUGUCAUUAAAGAUUUUGAGGGUCAGCCGUGUAAGAAAGUGAGGAAGGAUGGUAAUGCACCAUCUGUCAAAACUAUUACUAACUACUUUAUGCCCAAGCCAGUGGAGAAACUGUUCUCACCACCACGAUCUAACAACAUUAUGGACUACUUUAAGAAGACCUCGCCUGCACAAGAAAUAAAAAGCUGCCCUUUCGAAGUUAAAGAAAGCUCCCUGCAACCUUUAGAGCAAGUUAGUCAUGAAAUCGCUGUUAAACCUAUAAGAGGACAGGGGCAGAAGCGAACCAGGAAGGCCAAAGACAGCAAGAAGUCCAAAGAGGAGGAUGCACAGGUGGUCACAGACGAUGUUGUCUUGAUAGAAAGUCCCAGUGAAUCAGCUGUAAAGGAAAGCAAUACUACUGUCGUUCAAGCUCAAAACUCUGAUAAAGAAUCCGAUGCCACUGAGGCUGAUCCAGAUGUCGGGAUGAUUACGAAUUCUGCAGAAAGUUCUGAACAAAAAUCCUCGUUAAAACAAAGCAGGAGGAAAGACUGUGCAAACAUAAAAUCUGCGGUGAGGAGAAACCGAGAGGCAAAUGUUGGCUGUGAAGGAACUAAGGAAGGUGAUGCUGAUGCCCAAGAGUCUGUAAGUGCAGAUAAGAAAAGCAGCACCGUCACGAUCUCAUUUAAAGAUUUCCUGCAGGAUCAAAAUCAAAGUCAGGAAGAGAGCAAUGCGAUUCCCAAGACUGACACCACUGACACAUCAAGUGAAGGCAACCUUUGCAAUGAUCAGAGUGAUUCUGCAGUCGGUCCUCUACAGGCGUCCCCACGAACUCUCACCAUUCAAGCUGAGGUGCAUCCCGUUUCCCCUGAUCAACAUGAGUCUGUCAAAGAGUUAAAAGUCGCAUCUAUUUUUAGUAGAAAUAAAAAAAGUCACUUAAAAGAGGACAAGAGUUUAUCUGAUCCUACCCCGGAGGUUAAACCGGACGUAUUGCCUGACCUCAAAAGGAAGUCUAACGUUGUUCUUCUUGAGGAAGAUCUGGAACUCGAUGUGGUGGAGUCCAGCCCCAGUCCUAAAAGCACUGAGGCAGAGAGAAAGCAGUUUAUGAAUGCCUUUAAGCAGCCUAGUCUUGAUGGUUUCAAAAGCAAAACCAACAAGGGUCAGAGCAAGCAGAUCCAUGUUCAUGAGAAAGUCCCGGAGGAGGCAGACAAAGAAGAUGAAAAAUCUCUCGUGACCAGCUCGGAGCAGCAUGAAGAACAGACGAGCUGUCCUGGUGGCAAAAAGAAGCGAGUUCGGAAAUCUGGGAAGAAGGGGCAAGCUAAGAAAGCUGAAGAUGCACCAGCAGAAUCUCCAAAACCUGAAGAAACUCCCAAAGAGGUCGGCAAUGAGAGUAGCCCAGCUGAUAAUGACAAAAGUGAAAAGGCUGUCAGAGAGCUGAGGAGGUCGACCAGAGAGCUUUCACGCAGACAGUCAGCCGCUGUGCUAAAUACCACACCACAGAAGAAAGGGAGGAAAGAGGACAGAGUAAAAGAUGAUGAGACCCAGAAUACACCCUCUCUGGCCUCUACCCCAAAAGCUCAAAGGCCCAAAAAAGGCAUUUAUAGAGCUGAAAUGCUCUGCCCACCAGACAUGAAAGGCAGCCCUAUCAGGAUAAGAAUCACCAAAGUAUUCCUGUCCUCUGCAACAAAAUCUGGUGAUUUUGAAAUAUCAAGUCCUCUCUCAACACAGGAAUUAAAUGCAGUUAAAAAAAGAAAAGCUAGGAAGCUGGUGCAGAAAAGCAAAGCUCUUCAGCAAAGUAAAAAAGACACUAGUAAGGAGAAAGAUGCUGUACGACGGUCUACAAGAAGCAAAGAGUCUGUCAUAAAUUACUGUGAAGAUGAGGAUUCUGUAGUGUUUUUGGAGGACAGCAAAAGCACUCCAGUCACGUCACAGGAAAGUGACCAAAGCCAGAAAAAGCUUCGGAGUUUGAAUGAAGUAUUGGGUAAAAAUAAAACUUCCAAGACUCCUGCAGCUUCUAAAGUGGAAAAAAAAGCUCAGAGACCGUCGGUUGUCAUCUCCAUUUUUGAUGACAGCAGUCGAGAGGCAUCAGAGAAUUCACAAGAUGAUGAACAGUUCAGAUCAAGGAGAGAGUUUCUGAAGAGCGGCCUUCCGGAGUCCUUCAAAAAGCAGAUGGCAAAGACAGCAGCCACCCGAGAGGCUUACAGUCAGGCCUGCGCUUCCUUCCAGGCAGUGGUUCAUGUCCAGCAGAGGGCUGCAGAUUGUUGUGUUUGGAGCCUGCAGUGGCCUACGAAUCCCUUCCUGAGGUGUUUGAAGGAGUCAUAUAAUUCACCAUCUGUACCACUGAUGUCUUUGGAGAGGUCUUUAGAUUAUACUACAGUUCCUGCUAAAAGAGCCUUUUGCCAGGUGUCCUGUUGUCGAAGCUCUGAGUUUUCUGAGCCAGUCAGGCAGCAUCUUUUGGAGGAGAUGAGAAUCUCCAAUCCCUCCUUCCCUCAUCAACGCUUUUUUACACGGUUUGUUAAGAAACGUGAGGACUACAUCAUCCAGGCAUCUGCUUCAGAACCUGAAGAUGAGUCUAAGGUGUCCUGCCCUGCUGGAGCAUCUGAUUGUGUCGGAAGGAAAAGGAAGCGUGUUGAUGAAGGAAGGACAACAGGCAAAGUGGGUAAAAAACCAAAGUCCAAUCACACAGAAGGAGAUGUCAUAGUGAUUGAAGAAAGUCCACCUUCAGGAGUUCAGGCAGCACAGAAUGUCUCUGACACUGUGCCGUCUGGCAGAAGUCGAAGAGGUCGAUCACUGAGACUAAAGCAGAAAGAAGAGGACAAGGCGGCAGUGUUGAUCUCACCUGUGGGAAACCAGAGUGAUGCUCUCAUUAUAAUGGAUCCCCCUGUCCCAGAGAGUUCAAGCACAGGAGAUCGAGUGAAAGAGGAUGUCCUUUGGACAGAGAAAUAUCAGCCGCAGCACUCCAGUGAAGUAAUUGGGAAUAUGCAGUCUGUCCGGAGGCUACACAGCUGGCUGAAAGAGUGGAAAUUGAGAGCUGACCAGGAAGAGAAGAGGAAACAGCAGGAAAAGAAGCAAGAGGAGGACAGUAAUGACUCCUGGCUCAUAGGAGAAGGCCUGGAUGACACAGAAGAUCAUUUGGGUAACACUCUUCUUAUUACUGGACCCACUGGAGUGGGCAAGACUGCUGCAGUCUAUGCCUGUGCACAAGAACUUGGAUUCAAGGUGUUUGAGGUGAACUCCUCGUCCCAAAGGAGUGGUCGUCAGAUCUUAUCCCAGCUGAAGGAAGCCACUCAGUCCCACCAGGUGGACAUCCAGGGUGUCAACGCUCAAAAACCAUCAUACUUCAGCAGUUAUAGCAGCAACAGCACCACCAUCAAAGCCGGCACCUCUCCCAGGAAGUUGAACUCCCCCAGAAGGGUUGUAUCAUCACCCAGGAAGCCUCCUCUGUCCCCUCGAAUUGCUCCACCCAGAAGAGGAGGCUUGGCUCCGACAUCUCUAGCCAGUUUCUUCAGAGCAGGUGGAAGGCCCACUGGGAAAGAAGCAAACAGUCAAGACAAGAAAACACAACCUGUCUUAAAAGCAGGUCGGAAAAAGUCAGCUGAAGUAAAAGAGGCUGACAGCAAAGAGUGCCCCAGUGGAACUUCAGCGGGCACCAAGAUCUCCUCUGAAGAGCAGGACAAGAGGACUGCCACAUCCCUCAUCUUAUUCGAGGAGGUGGACGUCAUAUUUGAUGAUGACUCUGGAUUUUUGGCUGCAAUUAAAAACUUCAUGUCUACAACUAAGAGACCAGUUAUUCUAACAACCAGUGAUUCAAACUUUGUUGCUACAUUUGAUGGGUGCUUUGAGGAAAUCAAUUUCAAAUCUCCUCCAGCAGCGGAUGUGUCCAAUUAUCUCCAGCUGCUGUGUCUGGCAGAAAACAUGCGAACAGACACCAAGGACCUGUCCUGUCUGCUGGACUGGAACAGGUGUGAUGUUCGUCAAAGCCUCAUGCACCUGCAGUUCUGGGCCUGCAGUGGAGGUGGACAGCAGGUGCAUCGGCCUUUGCCUUCCUCGGAGCUCAAAGGGGACACCAAGAGUGACAUUCAGCAUCAGUCUGUCAAAGCUGAGAAUGUAAAUGAGCAUGAAGUACCACCCUGCCACACUGCAUGCACAGAGUGUUUGCUGGGGAUCCCAAAUAUGCAGACAGAAAAUAUAGCAGAUUUACUGCUAAAGCAUGAGUCUUCAGUACCAGACAGCAUUAAGUGCUGGGAUCUUCUCUCAGAGGUCCAUAGAAGGGGAGUGAAUCUUCUCUACUCGAAUAUGGAGAGUCUUCUUCCUCUGCCAACUCGUCUUUUACCACAGUCCACACUCAAAUCACUACCAACACCAAACCCACAGUCCCAUCCUGAGCCAUUACCUCAGACAGUGAGGUUGGAAGAUUUGGAAGAGCCCUCUGAUGACGGUAGUCCCCUUAAAGUGUCCUGCAGAAUGAGGGGGCGGAAAAAGUUGGGCAUGAGCAAUAAAGACGUGUUCCAGUCUGAUUCAGAGUCAGAGGAUGACUUCCUCUCACUGCCAAAAACCAGCCGAAACCCUGCUCAAAGCAGUAAUUCGGAUCCAGCUAAUGUGUCUGUGAAUGUGUCUGGAGCUGUGCUGAUGAAACCAAGGCCUAUUGUGUUAUCUGAAGCUGAAAGGAAGAAGAGCAAGCCAUUGAUGCAGUGCCUAAGCAGUUUAGCAGAGUACAUGGACCACAUGUCCUUCAUGGACUCCUCACUGCGCCACCAGCGGCUGCAGACGGAGGGUUCCUGCAGACCACAGGACUUUGUCUGGACUGGUGCAGAGGUCAAGAGUGGGAUGACCGAUGACAUUCGGUUAGAGUGUGUCAGCCAAGUAAACAGUGUGAAUGUCAAUGAAAUCCAUGCUGCCUUUGGCCAUUUGAGUUUUAAGAAGUGCAAGGCUGUUGUCUCCGAAGCCUGGGAUGGGGCACAGCACCUGGAGGAGGAGAUCAGAGUAGAGGCAGAGGUGGAGCUCACCCUCCCUGUGGCUCCACACAAAGAUGGCUUCAGCCUCACUCAAACUACACCUUGUGACCCAAGGGUGAUGGAGAGGAGAAGUGAGGUGAUGAAGUCGGUGCUCUCCUCCAGAUCAGCUGGGAUGCUUGGAAACCAGGCAGCAGCUGCUUUGGACUACCUGCCCUCUCUACGCACCAUCUGUAGGUCAGAGAGACUGAAGGAGCAGGGAAAGAUCAAACGCAGGUUCUUGCACUAUUUGGACGGUAUACACUUCAGUCUUCCUAAAAGCACAGUGGAGUUGCUGGCGGCAGAGUUUCCUUAAAUUACACAGAUUUUUUAAGCAGUCUCGUAAGGACUGCUGGUGAUAUGCAUUUGUACAGUAAUAUAUACUCAGAUGGAGUGUGGUUUUAUGUUGUGUGGGACAGCACAUAUUUGUACUGAUGUUUUACGUUAGCUGUUUUUAUGACGAUCAUUUGUUUUGUACUUUGUCAUGCAUCUUCCGAAAUAUUUUAUGAAGUAAUAAAUUUGGAUUUGUUAUUUGCCAGCAAA